UGCGAAAAAGUUCUUAUAGAAAUGGCAACAAGAGUAGUUUAUUUAUAAACAAAUGAAAAGAAAAAGUGCGUGAAAAAUUCUCUAAAUCUAUUGUAAUAAUUAAAUGCUUUGAAGGUUUUGAAACAAGUAUUUAAAAAAAAACAUAUUGCAAGAAUACAAUUCAAAAGAACUUUGUUUUUGUCAUUUAUUUAAAGAACGAUAGUAUUUCGUAUUAGAUUUGUUAAUUGACUUUUUAAUAUGAGUAGUUUGAAGUCUUUAGGUAUUUUACGAAGUAUUUCGCAUGAACUUCGGAAAAGCAAUCCUAAAAUGAAACCAAUAUCACAGACAUCUGCUUACGUCUUUUUAACAAAUGAAUAUCGCUGUCAUCAAGUAACAGAAAAACGAACUUGCAAAGGUGAAAACGAGUUGAAAACAAUUGCACAAACUUACUUGUGUUAUCUUCAAUCCACACGUAAAAAUAAGGAGCUAUUACAUCAGUACCAUAGUCAUGGGGAACGAUCUGUUGAAGAAACUGCUGGAAUUGUUGGUUUUAAACUUCCUGAGGCUGGCAAGAACUCUAAUUUGGAACAAACAUAAUUUUGUUGUUAAAUUAUUAGUUAUUGUAAUAAAUAUUAAUUAUUAGUUUUGUUGUUAAA